AGCUCAUUACCUACUGUGAAGAACUCUUUAACAAAUCAGCGUCUGUCAACCUGUGUCAAAACAUUGAUGAAGAAAGCAUAGAGCGGAGUAAAGACGACUGCAUUCUGGAUAUACAGUUGAUCGGCGACACUACCUUCUCGGACAUGGCGGUGGCGACAGCGACGGAACAAUGUGGGAGGAAGGUGAUGAUGAACGCCACAGCUGCUGCUAAAUCUCCUGCAGCCAAUGGAACCACAGCGAGUCAGUGGGAGCAGUUUCAGAAGGUCUCCUGCAUCUACGAAUGUAGUCACAGAGGAACAUGUGUAGAAGGUGAAUGUCAGUGUGAGGCUGGAUAUGGAGCGUCGGAUUGCUCUGUAGAUAUCACCGAACCACCGAGAACAUUUGGGCUGAAAGAGGACGGCGUCUGUGAUGUCACCUCCCGCACCUGCAACGUCAGCCACAUGCUAACAGAGCAUAUCGUGCAGAACGGUUUCAGCAAUUGUCGCACUAGAUCCUUUGAGAUCGACUACAACAAUAGUGUAACUUAUGGUGAAGCGUUACCCCAGGCACUGGAAGUGGAAAGCAUUGCUGAAGGCGUCUGCUCCCUGCCUGCAGCACCUCUUGUAAUGAGCGCUUCCAACACCGUUGCCCGUGGUUACCUAGUGUCAGUCUCCAAUGAUGGAAAAGCAUACAGUGAUGAAAGUGCCGUCGUCAUCUUCAACUCAUCAUGUCAGGAGUGUGACGUUGCUAACAACGUUGUCACAUGCAGAUUUGUGAGCCAGGCCUGUAAGAGUGGAGACGUCUGUGUCUCCUCUGGUCAUCCUCAUCCACUUGACAGCUGUCACGUGUGUUCAGAUGGCCAAUGGGUACCAAGUACUGCGUUUGAUGGUGAGUUGCCAACCGGAUAACAAUAUGUUGAUUAUUGCGUGUUGUUUUUGUGGAGCACUAGUAAUUGGCCUAUUGAUUGGGUUGGCCUUGAUGAUCCGUUCACAUUCGAGAUCUCCGAACGCAUGUACUAAACAAAGGCAAGAAAACACGAAAUACAAGUCCUGAAUACCCAUUGAGGCGGAUGUUCAUUCAACAUAUCUUCUGUAAUGAUGCUAAAUGAUAGUUUAUGCCAUUUAUUUGAAGUGGAAUGUGUUUGUGAAAUUAAUACAAUCUGUAAAAUCUAAUGCAAUAAAUAUGUAUUAUGAGGUA